CCUUCUCGUGCCUCUGGUCUUACUCCCAGUGUCUACUCUGCUACUCUGCUACUCGGUCUUGUCUGCUUGCUACUGCUCUGUCAGACGCACGUCAUCUCUCGUUGACUGUCUCUUUUGAUAUCCUGCUGCUUGUGUCCUCUCCCGAUCCAUCUCCUGACCUUGCCUGUCAGGCCAGCGUCUUCCCCGAUGGCGACCACCGAACAUUGCCUCGCGUGCUUCGACGCCCUCGAGGCGCACCUCACCAACCGUAAGCCCUUGUCCCUCGACGAGAUCCAGGCGCUCCUGGCCGCUCCCCCCAGCUCUACUCCGUCCGCCGCAUCCAAAGGCCUCCAGGACCCCGCGCUGCGCCGUCUUGCCGCUGAUACCGAGUCGUCUUCGUCCUCGUCGACCUCGCUCGCCGCGUCGACCCCCGCCACUUCUACCUCUUCCCUGCCGCUCCCUCCCACUUCUGCUCCCCUUUUCGUCACAUGGAACACCAUGGAGGACGGCGAGCCCUCACUGCGCGGGUGCAUCGGCACCUUUGAGUCCCAGCCGCUCUCAGAGGGCAUCCCCGAGUACUCGUUGAUCUCAGCCCUCCACGACACCCGCUUCUCGCCCAUCCGAAAGUCCGAGCUACCAACUCUGCAAGUUGCCGUCACGCUCCUCACAGACUUCGAAGAGGUCGACGACAUGUACGAGUGGGACGUUGGCGUCCAUGGCAUCCGGCUGUCUUUCUACGACCGCGGUCGCCGCUACGGCUCGACUUACUUACCCGACGUCGCCUCUGAGCAGGGUUGGACUAAAGAUGAGACUCUCUUCAGUCUGAUCCGCAAAGCAGGCUGGAUGGGUAACCGCAAGCAGUGGAAGGACUUGGAGCUCAAAAUCACCCGCUAUCAGGGCAAGAAGAGCAUCCUUGAGUACGAUGACUACAAGAAGUGGCGGGAGGGUCUUCAAGACUGAGCAGCUUACGUGAGACAUGCAAGAGGCGCUCUUCAAGGCCAGCAGUGGUUAUGGAGUUGAGGGUAGAGUCGGGAUUGUGGAGUGGCAUACACACAUCACUCAUUCUUUUCUCAUGCAAUUCACAGACGAUUUACAGACCUAGUUGGCCAAGUUGAUCUAGCUGACCUUGGUUGUGGACUUGCUGGCUAUUCUAACCAACAGCCGCUACACUUGGCCAUGGGCAAAUGGGAUGGUGACCACUCCAACGGCGGAGCCCCUCACAAAUCGAUUCACUGACCCGUCAACUGCAUUCGCACGAGCGCGUAGACUAGCCACCAUGGCGCAUUGCCAAGGACAAGUAUCCUGCCUAGGAUGCUAGAUCACCGCUAAACC